AUAGUGCGGCAGGACAAAUGUGGAGCUCCAUGCGAAUGAUUACAGGGCAAAAUGCUAAAUACAUCACCCAUUUUUAGAGUAUUGUAUAGUUUUAAAAACGAAUAAUCAGUUUUUUCUUCCAAACUUUCUAAAUAAUGGAAAUAUUGUUGUUACUGCUCCAGUCGAAGAACAGUUUUUCCUCUGAAAUUCUGGGAACCUUGGCUUGGACCGACGGAGUCCAUUUCAACUGGUAAAAGAGUGGGAUGGAUGAAAAAGACUAGUGAUCUAUUGUGUCAGCGAGACGGAAAAGGUGAAAACACAGACAGAAUAACAUUUUAUGACUGAAAGGAGCAGUGAAAAAUCAUUGGAAAGACAUUUCAGCAGCCCUUCCUCUCCCAGUCGUGUAUUGUUUUCCACGGACUCCACCAGUGGGAUGCUUUUACAUUGUGUCGCUUUUUAGGGUACGGCUGUCUGGACUGCACCGGGGGGAGAAAUAUGGGUGAAGUUCAGGAUGUCAGAGAUGUGAAGAAGUCCUGCGUUGCUCCAGCGAUAAAGUCUUAUGAACACUAUGAUUUCUCCCGAGCCAAGAUAUGUUGCAGCCUCACAUGGCUGGUGGCCAAAGCAUACGGGACAGAUAGCAUCCCAGCAGACCUAAGGGACCCCUUCUACAUAGACCAGUAUGAGCAGGAGCACCUGAAGCCUCCGGUGGCCAGCCUCCUGCUCUCUGCAGACCUGUACGGCCGGGCCGGCAGCCUCAUCUUGAAGAGUGACGCUGCCAAGCCGCUGCUGGGCCACGAUGCCGUCAUCCAAGCGUUGGCUCAGCGGGGUCUCUACGUCACGGACCAGGAGAGGCUGGUCAAUGAGCGGGACCUGCGGAGGAGGCCUCUGCAAAUGAGCGCCCACUUGGCAAUGAUUGACACCCUCAUGAUGGCGUACACGGUAGAGACUGUGAGCGUAGAUAAAGUGAUGGCCUGCGUUUGUCAAUAUUCAUUCUGCAAAGCCGAGCUGGAAACGCCGUACGACACAGAGGACGCAGUGACCACCUGGAUUAACAAGGUCAACGAAUAUCUAAAAGAAGUUGUAGCUCAGGAGCAGAAGAAGGAGACGCAGAGUGCUGAGCCAGCUGGGAGUCCUCGGUCUCCAACCAAGUGGUACAUGAAGCUUGUGCCUGCGCGCUACAGGAAGGAGCAGGGCUCGACCCAGCCGGCCCCCUGGAUCCCUCCAGUGGACAACCUGCUGAAAGACAGCGCAGAUGGCUCAGCUCUGGGCGCGCUGCUGCACUUUUACUGCCCUCAGCUGCUGCCGCUGGAUGAUGUCUGUCUGAAGGAGAAUAUGACUCUGGCUGACCGGCUCUACAACCUGCAGCUCAUACAAGACUUCUGCAAAGACAACCUGAGCAGUUGCUGCCACUUCAGCCUGGAGGACAUGCUGUACGGCUCCUCCACCAUCAAGAGUAACUACCUGGUGUUCAUGGCAGAGCUGUUUUGGUGGUUUGAGGUGGUCAAACCAUCUUUUGUGCAGCCAAGAAUGCUGGAAAAUGACAGUACAGAACCCUCAUCCUUGUUGAAGAACAUACCAGCUAUCCCCAUCUCCAAGGCAACUAAAAGAAGUUUCAUGGAGAGACCUCCAAGUCCCGAAGGACCUAGUUUACCCCUUCGGCCCCAGCCUCGAAACUCAGGAGAAAUCAAGAGGUCAACCUCAAUGUCCUUUGUUGAUGGCAACCUGGGGACUUGGCCCAAAGAGAAAAGGUCUGGGCCUUAUGGAGUUUCUUUUGACAUCCCGUUUGACAAAGAGGACUCUGCUCCGGACCCAUUUUCCUCCGCGCGUGGCAUGGUCCGGUCCGUCAGCACAGACGACGGUUCUGGUUUCAAGGUCCACCACAUGCCGCGUGGAAUGAAGCGCAACCUGUCCUUCCAGCCGGUGAACGGUCAGGGCGUUGGCAUUGAGGAGGAAGGCUGCCCAGACAGCCUCGCCGGUGUGGAGCCGAGCAGUGGAGCACACCCCAACGGACACGGCAGUGUCAUGGAAAAGUCUCCCUCCAUAGAGGAAGCCCUCCAGAUCAUCCACAGCCCCAGUCGGCCACCUGCAGAAGGAAUCAACAAUGGUUUCUUUCUGCACAAUCAGAGCCACGGAGCCGGUGCUGGUGGCCUAGGCACAGUGUCAGAGUCGGACUCCAAAGGACUUUUGAGCACGACAGACACCACAGAGGUUGACACGGGCAUCCAUAUCCGGACAGAGGACAUGCUGGAUGAAGACUCGUCUCUCAAAGACUGCUCUGUGAACAUGGACCUGGAUGUGGAUCCUCCGAGCCCCUGUCCGAGCAGUCGGAGUAAAUCCCCAUCGGGAGUGAAAAUGACCACCUUUGCUGAGCAGAAGAUGAAGAAGCUCAGUCCAACUGCUCCAGAUUCGGGCAGGGGCAGCAGCAGCUCCCUGAAGACGCCUCCGGAGGGCUCUGAGUUUGGGGCACCUCUAUCCGUGUCCUGGGCCCCAACUCCCGAGCACAGCCCCAUACACCAUCAAACUCCACCACCUGUUCCUCUUCAGGCAUCGGCCGCGCCCCUCCAACUUCCACCCAAUGACCCUGCGCAGGUCAUGGCUACAGAGAUGGUCCAGCUGAGGAUGAGGCUUGAGGAGAAACGGAAAGCCAUAGAAGCACAGAAAAAGAAAGUGGAGGCAGCUUUUACGAGGCAUCGGCAAAAGAUCGGAAACUCGGCAUUCCUAAAUGUGGUGAAGAGGAAAGGGGAUGGAGCUGCUAGUGGAGAGGAAGGAGGGAAAGGUGAGGCAGAAGGGAAGUCGGCAAGCACCAGUCCCACCUUUAAAUUUGGUAGAAGCAAGGCAGACACCCCUGACGGGGCAGAGCAAAGCAGCAAAUCCCCCUGUUGGCAAAAGACACCAGGAGCAGGUGAGGAAGGAGUACAAAGUCAUCCUCAGCCAACCGAGGUGGAUCUCUCAGAUUACACGCGGUCUAUCGACAAGCUCAACCAUUCUUUAGCUUUCCUCCAGACGGAGAUGCAGCGCUUGGCUCAGCAGCAGGAAGUGAUCAUGGCCAUGAGGGAGCAGCAUCAUCAACAAGCUUGGGUCAUUCCUCCUCCACACACCACACCCUCGCCGCAAAAGCACACCAGAGCCGGAGCCAUCACCCGUUCCUCGGGACCCUCUUCCCCCGUCGACUCGCCUCGUUCCACACAUCGCUCUCCAACCAGCAUCAAGCGCAAAUCCGCAUCCUUCCACUCGCGCAAUCCUCGCACAGCUCGACCCACUGAGCUUAAGUUGGCCCCUUACAAUCGAGUCCUAACUGCGCCGCAGUCUGUCGACAGCAUCCCACGGCUGCGCCGGUUUUCUCCGUGCCAGCCCUUGGCGAGCGCCUUCAUCUACAUGGGGGAGAAGCCAGUCGGCCCAGACGGGGGUAAUAACAAGGAGCUGGACUCGCUCCUUUCCCCAGAGAGAGAAAUAGCAAAUAUAUACACGGGCACUUCCCCCCCGAGUUCCCCCAACCUGCAGAGCAAAAAAGAACAAUCAAAUGAGCAAAACCAGGAAGCAGAGGGUCACUCUUCUGACAUGGAGACUCACGACCAGAACGACGGUGGGCAGAAGUCAUACAUGGAACUCAAACCUACUUUAGAGUCGUCCUUCCCUGAAGUUCUGGCCCACCCUGUGGUGGAGACUUUCACCGUAGCACCAACAGAGUUUCCUCCUGAGCCAGAACCGUCAGGCCUCGCCAAAAGCAGUUUGAUUGAAGUUCCACUGUCUGUCGUGAAGCCGCUGGAGGAACUGAUGACUGAUGACGGCUCUGAGCUGGAAUGCAAUCUGGAGAGCCUGGACGAUGAACAGAUGAUGUGUCGCGGCUUCUUCUUUAAGGACGAUGAGAAGGCUGAGGAAAACAUGGCACAGAAGAGAGCUGCGCUGUUGGAGAAAAGGAUGAGACGAGAGAAGGAGAGCCAGCAGAAGAAGAUGCAGCUGGAGGCAGAGCUUGAACAAAAGAAGGAGGAAGCUCGGCUGAAAGCAGAGGAGGAGCGUCUCAGAAAGGAGGAGGAAAAGGCCAGGAGGGAGUUCAUCAAGCAGGAGUACCUGAGGAGGAAGCAGUUGAAGCUGAUGGAAGACAUGGACACUGUCAUCAAGCCUCGACCAGCCGGCGCGGCCCGGCAGAGGCGAGGUCGACCCAAGUCUAUCCAUCGUGACAGCAUGGACUCCCCAAAAACGCCUGCCAGGACUGCUACAGGUUCACGGCAACGUGUCUUUUCAGUCUCCAGCUUGUCCCUGGCCUCCCUCACCCUGGGCGACAGCGACAGCGUUCAGUCUGAGAAGAGGACGCCGAGAAGUUCUAGUUUAGCUUCUAGUGGUCUCUUCUACUUUUUGAGCUCCCCUAAGCGGAGAAGGAAAAGGCCAGACUCUGCAGAUGGCUUCCUGUCCCCAAGUCGAUCUAGCAGCAGGAAUGGAGAAAAGGACUGGGAGAAUGGAUCCACCACCUCGUCUGUUACAUCAAACACAGAAUAUACUGGACCGAAGCUUUACAAGGAACCCAGUGCCAAAUCUAACAAGCACAUCAUCCAAAAUGCUCUUGCUCACUGCUGCCUCGCAGGAAAGGUCAACGAGGGGCAAAAGAACAAGAUCCUGGAGGAAAUGGAAAAAUCAGAGGCCAACAACUUCUUGGUUUUGUUCCGGGAUGCCGGCUGCCAGUUUCGGUCUAUCUACACAUACUGUCCUGAAACGGAAGAGAUCAACAAGCUGGCGGGCAUCGGCCCCAAGAGCAUCACACGCAAGAUGAUCGACGGGCUCUACAAGUACAACUCUGACAAGAAGCAGUUCAGUCAGAUUCCAGCCAAGACCAUGUCGGCCAGUGUGGACGCCGUGACCAUCCACAGCCACCUCUGGCAAACCAAGAAGCCAGCCACCCCCAAGAAAGUAGUGCCUGUGCAGUCCUAGUGGAACUUGAUACCCCAACUGUUACCAUUUCCCCCUCCACAAACCCAUCUCAAUUUGCACUUCACUGUACAUAUCCAUAAAGAUUCAAACACCUGCAAUGCCAGUUAGAUGAAUGCAUAUGCGUCUUUUUCUCCUGUUAGUUUCAUUUUGCAUUCAUGUCCUUGUUUAUCGUGUCUACUCUGGACUGGAUGUGACAAUAAUUAAGGCGGUAGAUAACUGAAAUAUAUGACAUGCUGAAGAAUGACGGACUGACCAUCUGAUCAUCUGUGUUUUUAAAGAUGGCCAUGUUUGACUCGGCUUAUGAAGGCAUGCGUGAGCUUGUUUUUGUUUCUAUGUGCCAAACAUCAAAAAAGAGACAAUAUGAAUGCUAGGACAUUUUACUUGUGACACUGAAGCACUGAAUGUUUUUAAUUCAUUCAUACAAAUUGAAUUUCUGUUUGCAUUAUCCUGUUGAUGUGUGGCCUUAUGAGCAUUUUGUUUUUUUAGCGUGUGAGUGCAAUGAAGUGAUUGUAAAGCAGAAGCUUUUCUUUUUUUUUUUGUAUUUGGAAGAACACUUUUUCUUAAGCUCUGUAGGCUAAACAGUUUGUAUAUGAAGGUACGCGAAGGGCCAAAAGAACUAAUUGCAUACAGCUAGCGUUUACCACACAGUCGGUGUGUGUUCAGCUCAACAAAGCCAAGCGGUUUCAGCUUUUUUCAGAACCCUUUUUGAGGAGGAGAUUUUAAUGCGUGCAGGGCGUUGCUACGGACCACCGGUUUUCCACCGGCGUGCAGAUGAUUUGUGCCAUAAUGAACAAUGUGUGAAAAACUGUUUUCUAAUAUACAGUAUAAGCAUUCUGCCAUGGUUAUAAUUUUAGUAAUAAUUUAAAUUUUAUCUGGAUCUACAGAAGUUGUUUCAAUUAAGUUAAACAGUUAUUUGAAAGCAGACUUAACUUCCACAUUUGUUUGGAUCAAUUCAGCCGAAAGGAAUGACUACUUUGCUGCUGGUUCACAACAGGUUUGUGAACAAAUAAAAUCAUUCAGUAUUACUUUCUUUAUUAUUAUUAUUAUUAGCAAAUGCUCCCAAUGCAGGAUCUUUGUGGUAUUUAAAGUACAUGGGGAUGAGGAAUAUUACUAGAAUCCAACAAAUAUUAAUGAAUCUUAUUACUCUUUAAAUCUUAAUUUAAUUAAAUUGCACUAGUGCUUUAACAGUAUUAAAUUCAUACUUAUACUGCUCGUCUUAAUAAUGUUUACACUCAAAAUGUAAGACACUUCCGCAAAGCACCAAAAUGUUAGCAUAGUGCAUACCAUUGACCACAGAUGAAUUAACAAAAUGUUUCUUAUCUGUAAAGAUCAGUAUUCCCCAGUUUAUUAAAGAUUUCCCAUUAAAACUUGCCACACCUGCAUCUUUUGCUCAUGUCACACAUGUAGGUUUUAGGCAUGAAGUGUGUGAAUUGGCAGAAAAUGUGUAUUUUACCUAUAAAUGCAACACAUCUUAGGUAGGUCAGUAUGGUGGUUUUUCUUACCUUGUUUUUGCAAUUUAAUCUUCAAAAUCCACCUUCUAAUGCAAGGCAGAAUAAUGGACGUGGAUCCUUACUGCUGCAAACGGGUAGAGACUCACUGCUGGGUUCUGUUGGCGUCUGUGUCUUGUUACUUUUUGCCACCGAAUGUCAAAUCCACACUAUGUGCAGUUGUCAGGAAAAUAAAUCUGCUAACAUGGUGUUGCGUGGGGGGCGGGGUUAUUUAAGACCAAAAGAGAGCAUGUACAUGUUUUUUUGUUGUCUGUCUUUUUUUAUGUAAUCUUGUACGACAGAAAGAUGUGUUUCACUGUUGUUAAUUGAAAGGAUGUGUCCACACAAGCUCUGUCCACCUGCAGUUGGCUGUUGAAGGCCGAGGCACAAGAUAAUUUAAAGUGUAACGAUGCUGUACAGUCUGUUCAUGUGAACUACUUAUUUGCUAUGAUUAUUUUGUUCAGUUUGUUAAAUGCUGUGCUGUCAUUCAACAUACUACAGAAACUGAAGUCUCAUUUUUGAUUUUUUUUUUCAUUAAAUAAACUCAAGC